AUGGCAGAGGGUGAACCUUUGAUACUUAUGCGCCUACGGCUAUGGCAAGAACGCGAGAGAGGGGACCUUGAUGAAGGCAAACUUUUGGCGGAGAACAAGAAACUCAAAGAAGAUGUGAAGGAGCUCGAGCAUUCAAAACAAAAGUUGUUGCAAGUGGAACAGGUUCUUCAAAAUCAAUUAUCAUACAGCAAAGACAAAAGGUACAAGUUAGAGGCCAAAGUGGCUGAAGCCACUGAUGAGUGCUGUGUUAAAGCCAAGCUGUUGCGUAAGACUUCAGAAGAGCUACGUUUGGCAAGACUCAAAUUAGACUCGAUGGACUCGAGAGUGUAUUUGCCCCAUGAAGUACAAAAAAGUGCGACCCAGGAUGAGAAGAAGAGCCAGGAGAUUGAGUAUGCCAAAUGCGCCAAAGAGAUUUCAAACACUGCCAAAAUGAUUGUAUCAGAUUGCUAA